UGGCGACAACCAUGUGGAGGUCACCCUUUCGUUUCUCAAAUAUUUUGAGAGUUGUUAUGCGUCAGAAAAAAUCUGACCGAUAUUACUCAUUGGGCGCAGUACAAGAACAAGAUGAUGCAGUACAAUAUCCACCAGUCAAGCCGAAAUUCCCUCCAGGUGACUGGUCAGGAUUGGAGCGAGAGUAUGCAUGGCAGAUGUAUCACUGGGAACAAGAAGUCCUGGAAAUUCCCUCGGUAGAAGGGCGUAUUGACUACAUAAAAAAACUCCAGAAAAGCCACAACAAGUACAGGAUUGAUGGCCAGUUUGCUUGGUUCUUUGAUGGCAAAAGUCUCGAGCCGCGACUGCUCAAUUAUCAGUUUGACAAAACGAAGACAUUUCCCAUUGAAGGUCUUCCGAGUAUAUAUGAUAAUGUGGACAUUAAAAGUGAUUUAGAAGCUCUUACUCCUGUAGUAAAAGACAUCAUAUUAAGUGAGUGUGAUAAAGUCUCUCGCAGAUCGUCACUAGCCAACCCUGUUGGACUGAACAAGGAAAAGAUUUCUAAAUUGUUGAUAAAAAGUCUGAUUCUAAAGAUCCUUUCAAGCCUGUCCUGUAGUCAUUCCCAUUUACUUACGGCGGAAUUAUCCGAGGAUGUUUUCCAACAAGCAUACUGGGAUCGGUAUUCUGAUAGAGGGCUUCUCCCUGAAAAAGAAAAACCUCAGAAAAAAGUGAUGAAAUAUCAGGGAGAAUAUAAGACAAGUUUUCAACUGAGGACGGAGCUUCCAUUACCAGAGUUUGUGGGCAGAGACUCGGACACCUGUGUUGGUCAAGAUUACCCAAAGUGUCCAUAUCACCCUAUAGUAUUAGGACAAAGGAAAGAGAAAUGUACACCGCAUUUUCUACCUGGUGUAAACCGUGGUUCUCCGUGUGAGUUUGGAUAUUUGUCGGUGGAGACGGUCAACUCCUUCAAAUUAGACAAGGCAGCUGUAGAUUAUCAGUCCAGUCCUGAAAUCAUACCAGAACUCUGGAAAGGAUUCGCUCUAAGUUCCUCCUUCCUAUCUACUGUAGCACAGGCUCACUAUCAAGGAUUCAAUACCUACCACGACAUGAUGUAUCCACUGACAUCCCAGACCAUAGUCACCGACGGCAGAAAGUUUCUAUUUUCAGCGUAUCAACUGAACACAUUACACUUAUGGAAGUCUGACGAAAGUAACCCAGUGUGUAAUCUGUUCUGGCAUAAAGAAAUGACCUUGUUUGAUGGUGUACAAAAUGGCACUCUAGUAGGUUUCAAUGACGAUGUACUUAAAACUUUACUCCAGUUUUUAGUGUUAGGCACACAAGAUGGAGGCUACAACAUGACACCAACGAUCUCUGACACCCAACCAACACAGACAAUCGAGGACUUUGUACCUGUGGAGGAGGUUGUAGAACGAAUACAACAUGAUGUUGAUGAAUUUACAUUAGAACAUAACGCACUGAAGGAGGACAGUGAUUAAAGGAAAAAUCAUCUCCCGUCUCCUAGGACUAAAUCAGGCAGGGCUAAAUCAGUCAGAGCGGGACUUUAUAGGUCAUCUCAAAGGACUAAAUCAGGCAGGGCUGGACUUUAUAGGUCAUCUCCUAGGACUAAAUUAGUCAGGGCUAAAUCAGGCGGGACUGGACUUUAUAGGUCAUCUCCUAGAACUAAAUCAGUCAGGGCUGGACUUUAUAGGUCAUCUCAAAGGACUAAAUCAGUCAGGGCUAAAUCAGGCAGGACUGGACUUUAUAGGUCAUCUCAAAGGACUAAAUCAGUCAGGGCAGGACUUUAUAGGUCAUCUCAAAGACUAAAUCAGUCAGGGCAGGACUUUAUAGGUCAUCUCAAAGACUAAAUCAGUCAGGGCAGGACUUUAUAGGUCAUCUCAAAGGACUAAAUCAGUCAGGGCAGGACUUUAUAGGUCAUCUCAAAGGACUAAAUCAGUCAGGGCUGGACUUAAUAGGUCAUCUCAAAGGACUAAAUCAGUCAGGGCUGGACUUUAUAGGUCAUCUCAAAGGACUAAAUCAGUCAGGGCUGGACUUAAUAGGUCAUCUCAAAGGACUAAAUCAGUCAGGGCUGGACUUUAUAUAGGUCAUCUCAAAGGACUAAAUCAGUCAGGGCUGGACUUUAUAGGUCAUCUCAAAGGACUAAAUCAGUCGGGGCUGGACUUUAUAUAGGUCAUCUCAAAGGACUAAAUCAGUCAGGGCUGGACUUUAUAGGUCAUCUCAAAGGACUAAAUCAUGCCGGCAUCAACACCUAAAUACAUUUGGCGAUUGCGAGCUCUGUUAACACUUCAAUACACUUGGCAAUGAUGGGCUCUUCGUUAAAACCUCAUGACACUUGGAGGUUGUGAGCUCUGUGUUAACACCUGGUUACAAUUGGCGAUUGUGAGCUCUGCGUUAAAACCUCAUGACACUUGGCGAUUGUGAGCUCUGUGUUAACACUUCAAUACACUUGGCGAUUGUAAGCUCUGUGUUAACACAUCAAUACACUUGGCGAUUGCGAGCUCUGUGUUAACACAUCAAUACACUUGGCGAUUGCGAGCUCUGUGUUAACACAUCAAUACACUGUGCAUGGAUGAUGGAGGGUGCUUUGUUAGCAUUUUAUUACCCUGGCUGAUGGAGAGUUCUCUAAAUAUUGCAGGUGUAUCUAGAAAUUUAUUUCCAUCUUUGUGAUGUAACUUCCAGUAUUGACUAGUAAUUUGGUGUAAGAGGUGAUUUAAAUAAACAAAUUCUACCCACCUGUAAGGAUGUCUUUAUGUCCAUACUUUGGUUGGUCGUAUGAUAUCUACCAUCGGAUGAAGUAAGCAUGCUUUAUUUACAAAGAUUUAAUCACCCUGAUGUAUGUAAAAUACUUUUUAAUAAUCAAAUGUACUCAGAGUUUGAUGAAAAUUUGUCAAAGUUUUCAACAUUCUUUCUUUUUAAAGACAAUUUGACUUUGUCAUUCAGGAUUUUGGUUAGUUUUAAUUUCCGAUGCAUUAUUUUGUUCAGUGGUUGAGAUUAUGAUCUAAGGGAGGUAACCACCCUUAUACAAUGAAAAGUUCCAAGUAUUAUACCUUAGAUGAUAGACUGUAUGUACAUGUAAUUUCAGAUGACCUGUAUAUAAAUGUCUUCUCUGUCUGUAAUGUAAUUGCUCAUUUGAUGGUUGAUGAAAUUAAAUUAUUUACUGUAUGUACAUAAAACAG